ACUGCCAGCCCGACAGCCAGCCCGACGGCCAGCCCCACGGCCAGCCCUACGGCCAGCCCUACGGCCAGCCCAACUGCCAGCCCGACAGCCAGCCCAACGGCAAGCCCAACUGCCAGCCCGACGGCCAGCCCGACGGCCACCCGACAGCCAGCCCAACUGCUGGCCCGACGCCAAGCCCGACGGUCUGCACAACGGUUCAAGGUGGUUUUGCCCUCACCGUCCCCGACCCCGAAGAAUUUGCAGAGAAUUGUUCCAACGGUACAGACGUGCGAGUUGCUCUAGAAACGUCAAUCGCGACAAUUUUCAAUGGCACCGUCACCCCUGAGGACGUCUCGGUGUUUUGCGUCUUCGGGCAGCGUGUCGACGAGCACCGUACCAGCAACGUCACCAUUCAGUACGACAUCGCCGCGCCUGUCGGACUCGUCGACUCGAUUCGGGACAGCGCAGAAGUGCUUUUGGGCCCCCAGGCUUCCAGUCAGGGCUUGGCCAGACUCGUCACCAUCAUCAGCGACGAGCUGUCCAGCACUGCGCCUGCCGCGGCCAGCAAUGCCCCCACGGAGGCGUUCGGAGGCUCGGAAGAGAUUGCGGUCGAUCACGCCGGAAAUUGCACAUCAAGCCCUGCAGCGAGCCCCGCGGCUGGCCCCACGGCCAGUCCGACGGCCAGCCCGACGCCCACGCCGACCCCCGCCCCGACGGCCCCCCCGAUGGUCCAGGGCGAGUUCGCUGUGACGGUGCCCGACCCCGAGAAGUUUGCGUCAGAUUGUUCCAGCAGCGCAGACAUGCGGGAGGCUCUUCAAUCAUCGAUCGCGAGUUACAUGAACGGUACCGUAGCCCCUGAAGACGUCGCGGUGUUCUGCAGCAUUGACAGUGGUAGCCGUCUUGACGCCACCGUCGAGUACGAGGCCACGCGCCGCUCGCUGGCCGGCAACGUCACCAUCGACUACCGCAUUGUCGUGCUGGAAGAGACGGCCCAUUCGGUUCAGGACAGCGCGACAGAGCUGUUGAGCUCCCAGGCUUCUGGUCAAGACCUGGCCAGGCUUGCUGCCCUUAUCAGCAGCGCGCUCUCCGCCACUGCGCCCGGCGCGUCCGGCAACGCUCCCCUGCAAGCCAUCGGAGGCCCGGCGGCCCUAGCCGUCAUCUCAACGCAGCCACCGACGCCGCGUCCGACGCCUCUCUCGACGCCGGGCCCCACGGCUUCCCCGGGGCCCGUUCCACCGUUGGCUGUCUCCAGCGGCGCCAUGACUGCCACAGGGGACCCACACCUACGAAACAUCUACGGCGAGCGUUUCGACCUGAGGAGGCCUGGCAAGCACACACUGGUCAACAUUCCAAAGGGGGAGCGCGCUGAGAGAGCCCUGCUUCAUGUAGAGGCUGAAGCGGUGCAAAUGGGUAUGCAGUGCGCAGACUUGUACUUCCGAGAAUUGAACAUGACAGGGGUGUGGGUAGAGGCUACGUGGUCUGGCGGUCUUCACUUUCACGCCCUGGAUGUGAGCUACGGAACAUCGAAGUGGAAACAUGUUGGGAAGGUAGAUGUAAAGGUGGCUCAUGGGCGCACGAGGGAGGGGAUCCAGUACCUGAAUGUUUACAUCAAGCAUCUCGACCGUGCUGGGUUUGCGGUAGGGGGUUUAUUGGGUGAAGAUGAUCAUACGCAGGCGACAAUGGCUUCCCGUGCAUGUGUUCAGCGUCACAGCGUGUCCCUUCUUGAAUUCAGUCGUUGAGUGGGCAGUGCUUGCGCAGCCGCUGAAUGGCAAUUGCGCCUGCGAAAGAGGAUGCAGCCAGACUCUAGGACUUGGAGCUGGGCUCAUGGAUCCUAGGCUUUAAGUCCACCGUAAGCGUGAGACGCGCCAAGCUGCGCAGGCGCUCAUUACCCAGAUGCAUGGGCUCGUUCCACGAUUGUUGAGUGUGGGGGCCGAACGGUCUUACAGAGGACGGAGGAUAGGAGGAGGGAACUGAGCUCGUUCAGUCUACUGGUUGCCCCUUGCCUGCCAGCGUGCCCUGGUCCAACGUGUUCGUCUGGACGUCUCAGGAGCGGUGACUGCUUUUGCCUUUUGCUGGAAGACGCACGAAAAAAAAAAGGUACCUACGAUUCCAGACCGUGCUC